GAAGUUUGACUAACGUCUUUAGCUUUGUCUGUAACAUGCGUUAGCAAUGUGUUACUGACUCUAAAUACUGUAAAAGCCCGUGUAGCAUGGGCUCAGCUGGAUCUUCAACACAUGAGAUAACAGCUUGAACAUGGAGUCCUCCUCAUCAGACGCAGUACUGAGCGGCAGAAAGAAAAGAAAGAACAAAGCAGUUGAGAGACAGGAGGGGGUUAAAAGACGAAAAGCAGACACAGAAGGUGAUGAAGCUCUACAGUGUGGGCGUCCCACCGGAUCGCCCAGGAUCUCGCUGCCGCUCACCCGCCUCCAACAGCCGCUCACGCUGACCGAGCUGAUAGAGCUUCUGCAUUUUGCCGCUCUGGGGAAAAAAGGAGGACUCAAGCAGCCCAGCUGGUGCCGUCUCUGCAAUCACAAAAAAGUUGAGGGUUUAAACAUCGUGAUUGUGGAAGGUCUGCCCCAGAGUCACUUCUACAGAAACUACCUCUCCAUGAAACACCUUCGUACCAACUACACCACUAGGGUCACCUUCACUCCAUCGCCAGACAACGUAGCCUCUGAGAUCUUCAGAAGGGAAGUUCCUAAAGUGGAAAGUUUAUCUGUUUUCAAUCCAGACGAGAAACUGCAUAGAGCGGUGAAACAUCACCCAGUUAUCACCACCUUUGGGACUCAAAGAAGAGGAUUAACUGCUUACGUUGUCAGCCAGGAAGAGAUGAUAAAGAACCGCUAUCCCGUCAAGGGACUGCCAGGCUUUGAGGACUUUGACAGUAUAGACAGCAGUGACUCUGUAACGGACGGCAGCCCUCUGUAUGGCCUUGACUGUGAAAUGUGCCAAACAGAGAAGGGCUUGGAGCUGACCCGUGUCUCUGUGGUGGACAGCGGAGGGAACUGUGUGCUGGAUGAUCUCGUUAAACCCAAGAACCGCGUUCUCAACUACCUCACAGAGUUCUCUGGUAUCACUGCAGCGAUGUUGAAGCCCGUCAAAACCACCCUGCAGGACGUCCAGGCAAAGCUUAAAACGCUGCUGCCGGGCGACGCCGUCCUGGUGGGCCAUUCCCUCAACAAUGACCUCAUGGCUCUGAAACUAAUCCACCGGCAUGUAAUCGACACCUCACUGCUGUACAGGAGAGAGUUAGGACGGAAGUUUAAGUUGAAGGUUCUGGCGGAAGUGGUCCUGAAGAAGCAAAUCCAAACAGAAGAGAAAAAGGGUCAUAAUCCCAUCGAGGAUGCUUUGGCAACGCUGGAGCUGGCUCAGUACUUUAUCAGAACCGGACCUCGUCAGGUUGUGGAACUUCAUCUGGAGGAGCUUUGGGGAUACAAAAUAGAAGACGACUCCUCCGAGUGCACACCUACACCAGCACCCAGUUACAGGUUUGCUGACAUACUGCAGACGCUCGGCCGGUCGGUGGCCUUUCUGGGAAAACGCGCCGACAUAGCUCUGGAUCUGUCAAACCAGCACUGGUACGGCUCAGACAAGGAGGUCUUGGCAUCUUUUAGGAAACAGGCAAAGACUCCAUACCUGUCUGUCCUCGAGUUUUCUUCCGUCUCAGCCCACCUGAAGAGGCGCUUCACCCAUCAGGAGCAGCUGUACCGGAAUGUGUGCGCCAACCUUGGGGACAUGUGCGUGGUGUUUGCCGGGCCGCUCCCCGUGGGAUUCUCCGAGAGGGAAGUACGGCAGCUGUUUCGCUGCUGUGGCCCCGUGCAGAAGAUCCAGAUGUUGAACACAGGCUUCAGCGUUCAUGCAGAAAUAGAGUUUGAGCUGCUGGAAGGAGCAGUGCUGGCUGUAAAAAAUCUGAAUGGAGUCCGCGUGCUGGGCCAGCCCAUUAAGGUGCAAAGGCCGAUGUGCCAGUCCAUGCUGGACCUGGACCUGAAUCUGGAGGCCCUGCAGAGUGACGCCCUCAACUCCAACCUGCUCUACGCGGCUAAACUCAGUCAGCGCGUUGCUGAAUGCGUUCAGCUUAACGGGCACCCACCAGAUGCUAAAUGCUCAGCGGUCACCAACGGGGCGCUAGCCGCUCGGGUAAACGGUCAGCAGCUGCGGCCCACCGCCCGCUCAUCUAAACUGUCCGAGGAAAAUGUCCGAGGGACCUUUGAUCGCUUCGGUUCGGUGGAGAGCGUCGUCCUGCCCGCCAAGUUUGAAAAACGCCCGAGGCACGCAUGUAUAAAGUUUGAGAGUUCAGAGGGAAAGCAGGCAGCGCUCAGAUCCUCAGAGGACCUGCUGAAGGACGGCUACCUAAUCAGUCCGUCCCUGACCCCCCCUCACCUACACUCAUGGGUUGCCAUGGCAUCGGCAGGAAAAGUAGGCGGGGAGACGGCAGAGGAACAGAGGACACCACACACGUGCAACGUGUCUGAGGAUCGGGAAAUGGAUCUAAUUAUGAAGAAGCUGGACUGCCGGCUGGGAAAAGUCUUCAGGUUUCUCCCUGAGGGCACCUUAUCAGUGGUACUGCUGCUCGGACCAGCCAGCACGAACGUUCACCAUCCGGGUUUGUGUCUACUGGAAGUAAAAGAAACUGGAGGAAAAGGAGAAUGAACCAAGCAAAAAAGUAGCUGAUCAUAAGGAGAUCAAAUAAAAGACAAGAUAAAAGCUGAUAAAUAUUUUGUUAAAAAGCAGAGAAUACCAUCAGGAUAGGUUUGUAAAUAUAUACCAGCAAUUAUGUCAUGAAAGUAAUUUAGAAACAUCAACUGAGACACAGCAAACUGAUGAGCUCUGUAGUGUUUAUCAGGCGACACCAGCCAUGUGUAAAUCAGAAAAUUAUUCCAGAUGUUGGCCGUUUUAAAUGAUAUCCUCACAAACCUGUCUCAAGUGGAAUUUGUGGCCAUUGGGGAUGUUUG